AUGGUCGAUCUAGCACAAAAGUCCAGGGGAGAUUGUAUCAGGCAACCGGAGCCAAGAAAGCUGCCGAUUUUUCUUUACGCAGAAAAGACACAUCCGGUUGAUGAGCAAGAUGAAGUAGAUCUUGAAGCAAUCACUUGGCCGGAUGAGAUGGGCGUCAGAACUCCGUAUAUUGAUGAACCUCGAACGAGCAGUGAAACUUUGAGGCGGGAUCAGUAUUAUGAUCGACCCUUUGAUUGGAUCCUACAAAGUAUUACCGGCGAUCCUGAUGUGCACAUGAAGAACAACUACCCUUCGGACUAUGUCCAUAGUCCCUCUUGGCAGGCGGAACUGCGCGAAAUCGAACGCCAGGAGGAGGAACAUCGAAGACAGAACGGAAUUCCCUCUGAUGACGAUCUGUGA